AUGAAUUCUUCCACCUCUACCAUGAGUGAAGAACCUGACGCUCUGUCAGUGGUUAACCAGCUACGGGAUCUAGCAGCAGACCCAUUGAACCGACGAGCCAUUGUCCAGGAUCAGGGAUGUCUGCCAGGCCUUAUUUUGUUUAUGGACCAUCCCAACCCCUCUGUUGUUCACUCGGCUUUGCUUGCUCUUCGGUACUUGGCAGAAUGUCGUGCUAACAGAGAAAAGAUGAAAGGAGAACUGGGUAUGAUGUUAAGCUUGCAAAAUGUUAUACAAAAGACUACAACUCCAGGAGAAACCAAACUGCUAGCCUCUGAAAUCUAUGACAUUCUUCAGUCCUCAAAUAUGGCAGAUGGUGAUAGUUACAGUGAAAUGAAUUCACGUCGAAGGAAAGCUCAGUUUUUUCUGGGAACUACAAACAAACGUGCCAAAACAGUGGUUCUGCACAUAGAUGGCCUUGAUGACACAUCUCGACGAAAUCUGUGUGAAGAAGCGUUACUAAAAAUUAAAGGAGUAAUCAGCUUUACUUUUCAAAUGGCUGUGCAGAGAUGUGUCGUGCGAAUCCGUUCCGAUUUGAAGGCUGAGGCUUUGGCGUCAGCAAUAGCAUCAACCAAGGUUAUGAAAGCUCAGCAAGUUGUGAAAAGUGAAAGUGGAGAAGAGAUGUUGGUCCCAUUCCAAGAUACUCCUGUUGAAGUAGAACAGAACACAGACCUACCAGACUACCUGCCUGAGGAUGAGAGUCCCACGAAGGAGCAAGAUAAAGCUGUGUCCCGGGUUGGCUCCCACCCAGAAGGUGGAGCCAGCUGGCUGAGCACAGCUGCAAACUUUUUAUCCAGAUCAUUUUACUGGUGA